CAUGUAUGAUCUCUGCCUGCCUAACCUGCCAUGCCCGCUGGACACUGCUCCAGGGCGUGACAGUUGCCCGAUCGGCCGCUGUUUCCCCGGCCGGACCAAUUUAGAGACCCCCACUGGGUCCCCGACACUGUCAUGGACGCGCGUAUAUAAAGCGCGCUGUUCGGCCGCGAAGCUUUACACACUUGAUCUGUUUGCGAGACAGCCAAGAGUCUUUCCCAGAACAAUGCAGGCCCUGACCGCCGCCCUCUUCCUCGGCCUUCUGGCCUUUGCCGCCGCUGGCUUCCUCGGCCACGGAUACGGUCACGGCUACGGCCACGGCUACGGCCACGGAUACGGCCUCGCCUACGCCAAGCCCUACGUCGCCAACUCUGCGGUGACCUGGUCUAUCACCCCCUCUGCCCUCGGCGGAUACGGACACGGUGGAUACGGCGGUUACGGCCACGGCUACGGCCACGGAUACGGACAUGGCUACGGACACGGCGCCGUUCUCCUCGGCUACGGCCACGGUUAUGGCCAUGGCUACGGCUACGGAGGCUACGGCAAGCUCUACGGCUAAACAGUCUUUACAGGGUAGGAACCAUGGAGUGCAAGAAAGUCGUAUGAUGAAGCCAAAUUUGUAUGUAAUUUCAGUUCGUGAAUGAGAAGCAGUAAAGAAAAAAAAAUUGCCCAUCUGCUUUUUUUUUUUUAUGUAUAGCAUUAGUCACUUGGGUAGAAGCCACAUGUCUAAUCUGAAACAACAACAAAAAUCGAUCCUAAUAUGCAUGGUCUCAAGGAGGGAUUAUUAAAAAGAAGAAGCAAUAUUUAGUCCUUCGACAUCGUUCGAAGAUUCCCGGUAUAUGUAUUAUUUUGAUACGAUCAUCUCAUAAACGUGUCUUCAGAAUAGUUAAAUAAUGUGCAGCUAGAAUAAAUACAUGCUACAAGACUCCAUUAAAGGAAAUGGUGCGUAACAGUGCCAUUUUUGCCUUCAACAAACGAUCUUUAUAGGAAUUUAAAUUUGGUUGCUUUGCAAAAUGAAGAUUUCAUUGGGUGCCUUCUCCUCCCUCUUUAUGUUAGGUUGGACGCUGCAAUACAAAAAAGAAAAAAGAAAGAAACAGGCACUAGUUUGCAGCACUGCUUUUAAAGCUAGCUAAGGUUGAGCAAGGUGUCGGGAGAGUAGUGAAGCAAUUGACAGUGACACACUAUUUCGCAAAACCUAGGCUUGACCGUCUUUCGGCUAUUUCGAUCUCGUUCGACGCACUUACAGUGGUCACUUCCUUGGCCAUCCCUGGCCCGUCUCCUUUAGCACGGGACCCUUCUUGGUGUUGUCGAAUACUUGAGUCAGUUUCUUAUGAGCUCGUGUUCUUCCUCUGUUCUUUUUCUUUUUUCCUUUUUCCGCAUCAACCUAGAAUUGCGACCAUUAGUGUUAACACGAAGCGCUUCGCUCUGUCAUUUAAUUGGUAACAUUCUCUUGCUACGUUUAUCAAGCAGCAGCAAUCAUUUGGUUGGAGUGGUUCGCUUUAUCGACACUGACGGUGUAUGGCCGUGUGAGUUCGGACGCACCGAGAAGCCCUCUGUGAGGUUCGAGCACAAAACGACCCUCCAGCUAGCCUUUUUUUUGUUGUUGUUGUUGUUUUGCCAUUUCUUUACGGUGAGCGUACGUUAAUUCGUAAGUAUUUCAUGGAGUAGUACGAUACGAAACACACAUUGCGACAGCCAGUACGACUUAAUUUGUUGAUAACUCGCUUCAGAAGUUGGGGAAAGAAUCUUCACAUAAAUUGUAUUUCUGCCGACGCUUGAACUCUAUCAGUGCUGGGAGCUCGCUGGAUGCCGAAGAAUGCAUAAAACGUAUUCGCUUGGACACCACCGUGCGAAAGUGUCACGCGUACUGUAACUCGUAAUAGAGAGCGAGGAUGGUUUGAACGAAUAAGCUUCAAGAACUGACAUUGACGACAAAGGUUUAACAUACUUGCGGCCGUACGUAGUAGAGCGUAGCUUUAAAACGCGAGUACCCAAUCAGUGUGGUGUCCAACUUCAGCAGUGACACAGAUGGAAGUCUUAAAUGUUCUUUUUUUAUCUCUCUGAUUUGCUAACGCACAGUCCGUGUUCAAAACAGACUCGCCGUGGAAACAGAAGCGUUGUUUUAUCUGUCUCUCCGCUCGACGCAAAACCAAGACUGAAGAAGGAUGCAUUAAGAACGAGCACCCCAAGCACCACAGUUGGGCCAGUAUCGACUACA